CAGUAGCGAGUCUUUGCUUUGCGCAAUAAGGUGACGAGGCUGUUGAUAUGAUCAUAAGUAUGUGAGCGCUGUUCAUAGUUGUCUCUACAGAAAUUUAUUUAAGCGCAUCAAUUUUUAAAUUUCCUAUUUCUUCUAUCUUGUCAUAAGCUAUUGAUAUUAUUUAAAUUUAUUUUCAUUAAAUAUAUUACAACUAUGUCUUCAUCCAACAUUCGUUCAAGAGUAAGGGAAAUAACUCAUCAUGAAGAAGCUACGCUGAAACAGACAGUUGUAUUAGGAUUAUCAGAAUUUCUUGGGACUUCAAUAUUAGUGUUCUUAGGAUGUAUGGGAUGUGUAGGAACUCCAUCACAUUUACAAAUCACAUUGAAUUUUGGAUUAUCAGUAAUGAUAGUAAUCCAGAUUUUUGGUCAUAUAAGUCAUGCACAUGUUAAUCCAUCCAUCACUGUUGGUGCAAUGGUUUUGGGCAAAAAGUCUCUAACUGAGGGAUUAAUUUACAUUCUCUGCCAAACAGGAGGCUCCAUACUGGGGUAUGGAAUGUUAAAGAUAGUAAUACCAUACUCUCGACUUGGCGACCCAAAAGGUGAUUUUUGUGUUACAAGCUUAUCGGAGGAUGUUGGUACUUUUCAAGGAUUGAUUGUUGAAUUAAUUUCAACAGCAGUUUUAAUGAUGAUUGCUUGUGCUGUUUGGGACAAAAGAAAUGAAAGGAAUACUGAUAGUGUAGCCAUAAAAUUUGGAUUAGCUGUUACAGCUUUAGCAACUGCCGCAGGUCCUUUUACAGGUUGCAGUAUGAAUCCUGCCCGAUCUUUUGGACCCGCAAUUUGGAAUAACAGUUGGUCACAACAGUGGAUUUAUUGGAUUGGACCGAUUAGUGGGUCAAUUGUUGCUGCUUUCAUUUAUAAAACAAUUUUUGAAACAAAAGACAUUAAAACAUUAAAAGAACCCGAAGAAUCUAUAACAUUAAAUAGUAUAGAAACAGACAAGAAUUAAUUAUUAUAACAGUUGAUGUCAUUGAAGACCGCGUAUGUGUUCUUUUAUAUAUAUACAGUAAGAAAAGCUAUCCGUCAGUCAUAGGAAAGUAUGGGAAUCGCAUAAGUCUCUCUCACUCCCACUCAUGGGACAUGACUGACGUGGGGUAGGUUUUCGUACUGUAUAUAUAUAUUUAAUAUAUAUAAUUAUCAAUUUUUAUGUUCAAUACUCAUUGAUACUAAAUAAUAUAGUAUGCCAAUUUUGAUAUAUAUAUAUAUAUAUAAAUUGUUUCAACUUCGAUUACAUUGAUUUAAUGUGUGAAGACACAUAUUAUAUAUGUGACUAUUUUCAUUCAAAAUAUUUAAAUUUUUGAGAGACAUAUAUUGAAAUAAUAUAUUUAAUUCAUCUACUGUUAAAAAUUUUGAUAAAUAAAAAUAUUUUUUCUUAA